UAUUUUGAAAGUAUAUACCGGAAGUGGCUGUUUGGCACUCGUUUUGCUACAUGCUAAAACAUUUAGCAUGGAGUAGAGUGUAUUGUAAAUUUAUUACACAGUUUCCUGCUUGUCGUUUGACGGCCAGAGGUGUUUUCAAAAAGACAUUAUUUUCCAUACUGAAACUAGUUGCACCAUGAUGGAGCAUUUCCACCUGAACACACCACUACUAGAGAGCGCUGACAUGGCCAGACGGGUGGGAACCACCGUCUAUUUAAAGAUGGAGAAUUCACAGCCCUCUGGGUCGUUCAAAAUCCGUGGCAUUGGACACCUCUGCCAGCAGCUGGCCAGACAGUCCAUGGGAGUUGUCUGCGCUUCAGGUGGUAAUGCAGGUAUGGCUGCAGCCUAUGCAGCCAGAAAAAUUGGUGUUCCAGCCACCAUUGUAGUCCCCUCCUCAUCUCCUGAGCUGGUCUUUCAGAAACUCAAAGAUCAGGGUGCUACAGUCAAGAUUAUAGGCAAGGUUUGGGAUGAUGCCGAUGCAGAAGCUCUUAGACUGGCAGGAACUGAAGGACUCAUCUAUGUCCCACCAUUCGAUCACCCCUUGCUAUGGCAGGGCCAUGCCAGUAUGAUCUCAGAGGUUGCAGCCACUCUGGGGCCUAGUAGGAAGCCUGGUGCUGUGGUGGUGUCUGUGGGUGGAGGGGGGCUCCUCUGUGGGGUCAUACAGGGCCUGAAGGAUGUAGGCUGGAUGGACGUACCCGUUGUCGCCAUGGAGACCGUGGGGGCUGACUGUUUCAAUGCUGCUGUUAAGGCAGGGAGGAUGGUCACUUUGGAUGACAUCACCAGUGAGGCCAAAUGUCUCGGAGCAAAGACAAUCUGCAAGAAAGCAUUUGAGUACAGCCAGUGCAGCGAGUUGACAGUCAUCUCUGAACUGGUGACUGACCAGCAGGCUCUGCAUGCUGUGGAAACAUUCCUGGAUGAGGAGCGUGUGUUGGUGGAGAUGGCGUGUGGAGCAGCACUAGCAGCUGUCUACAGUGGUCUUAUAGGCCGUUUACAGGCUGAAGGUCGUCUGCCGACUCCCUUGGGCCCCCUUCUGGUGAUUGUGUGCGGUGGCAGCAGCAUUAACAUGGAGCAACUGACCAACCUCAAACACAAGCUACGGACCUGAGCUAUUGACCGCCAGCUUUCAGUUACAAGGCUUCCCCACAUGAUGGCGUCCCAGUUCAGAAAUACACUAACCACCUACAGUCACAUAAAGAAAACCUAAUGAACAAUAAGCUUUUCUCAGCUUCAGAUGUGUUGAUGUGAUCUAGUUAUAAAUGAAAUGUACUUCAGUGCAGGACUGACAGUCUUCAACUUUAGCUUUAAUCUUACAUUUCAUACUAGUUAGUUACUACUUAGACAGUAAAGCCAAAUAUUUGUGAACUUGAGUCUUCUCUUGGUCUUUUACUGCAUACAUUUGCAGACCUGGAUUUUCUUUUCAAUGCAGUAAUAUACUUUAAAUGGACCCAAUAGAUCAUUAAUACUGGAUUGUUACAUGUCAUUUUCACCUACACAUUAAAUUUAGCAGUCCAGCCAGUUAUGUGUAGGAAGCUAUUACUAUGGAAACAGCUCCUUACUGUUCAGUCUGCGUCAGUGGAGCGAGCUCAGUUUCCCAAACUGUUGAUGGUCUUUUCUCUGUAACUCUCAGACAGUUGUAUAAAAUGUUGCUCACAAAGAAUAUAUGAAAUAAAUGGACUUUGUGCUAACACUGUGCUCUAUACUGCGACUUUGUCUAGUCAAAAGCAAACUGGAAUAAAAAUGGCUGUAGUCUGGUGUAGGUGAAAAUGACACUGGUUUGUCAUGGUGAUGACAUGUUGCAUUGCAGGCUUUGAUGUCUUUUCAGUGUCUUGUUCAAGUGCCAUACUACAGUAUGUAACUUACAUAUUUGGUAAAAGAUGAUUUAUG